UGGAAAAUUAAUUUUUUUUUUCGUCUUCCCAAAAGUGCCCAAUUUGCCUAAAUUUGACCCUCACAUUUUAGCUUUCUGUCUUUUCACCAGAUUCUCUCUAUCGAUUUCUCCUUACUUCUUCUUCUCGCCUCUCUGCUUCGAUCAGAUCUCAAAAUCAAUCGGAUCGAAACCACAACUUUAUCAAUUAUGACUCUUGGCUCUGGAGGAUCUAGUGUUGUUGUUCCGAGGAAUUUCCGGUUGUUGGAGGAGCUUGAACGUGGGGAGAAAGGUAUUGGGGAUGGAACUGUGAGCUAUGGAAUGGAUGAUGGAGAUGACAUCUAUAUGCGUUCUUGGACUGGCACCAUCAUCGGUCCUCACAACACUGUUCAUGAAGGUAGAAUUUAUCAGUUGAAGCUCUUUUGUGACAAAGAUUACCCGGAGAAACCUCCAACUGUCCGAUUCCAUUCACGUGUUAACAUGGCUUGUGUCAACCACGAAACAGGAGUGGUGGAUCCUAAGAAAUUCGGAGUACUUGCAAACUGGCAAAGAGAGUACACAAUGGAGGAUAUACUGACACAGCUGAAGAAGGAAAUGGCCACGUCGCAUAACCGUAAGCUUGUUCAACCUCCAGAAGGUACUUGCUUCUAGUUGCUUCUGGAAUCUUCUUCUGGUUCGCUGGAAUAUCUUUGCCCCUUCUAAUACUAAAGUAUGUAUCUGGGGGUCCUCCAUUGUCGUUCUCAAGGUUUUAUUUUAAUUCAUCAAAAAAUGGUCUGUGGAUGGUAUGGUGAUGAUGAUGAUGUUGUUCGAUUGAUCAUCUGAAGUUUUAUCAUUGUGUGCAAAUAUCAAAAACAGCUUCUUCCCCACUCCAUAUGUGUUCAAAUCUUUUGAAUUUAACUUUCUUUUAUCCUAACAUUUUGUGUCAGCCCUUUUUAUAAAUGAAAUCUGCUAGAUUUUA